AUUAAAAACUCUAUCUCUCUCUCUCUCACAAAUCGAAAGGCACAGCCCAACUUUUCGCAAGUCGCUGUAAAGUUUGAUUUGCUUCUUUUUAUAUACACAUACUUCUCCUCCAUACAACACCUUCCCUCUUCAAAUCCUUCACUUCUUUUUCUAAACCCUAAAACCAUCUCAAAGAAGAGAGAUCAAGAAUUCAAGAUCAAGAUCAAGAUCAAGAUCAAUCAAAGAUCGAUCAAGAUUUGUAAACAAGAAGACACCAUCACUCAGAUCAACAUGCUCGCCGUUCACCGUCCUUCCUCCGCCGUAUCCGACGGAGAUUCCGUUCAGAUUCCGAUGAUGAUCGCGUCGUUUCAAAAACGUUUUCCUUCUCUCUCACGCGACUCCACGGCGGCACGUUUUCACACGCACGAGGUUGGUCCUAACCAGUGUUGCUCCGCCGUGGUACAAGAGAUCUCCGCUCCAAUCUCCACCGUAUGGUCCGUUGUACGCCGCUUCGAUAACCCACAAGCUUACAAACACUUUCUCAAAAGCUGUAGCGUCAUAGGCGGAGACGGCGGUAACGUUGGUAGCCUCCGUAAAGUCCACGUAGUUUCUGGCCUCCCUGCCGGGAGCUCCACCGAGAGACUCGAUAUCCUUGACGACGAACAACACGUCAUCAGCUUCAGCGUUGUUGGUGGUGACCACCGGCUCUCUAACUACCGAUCCGUCACGACCCUUCACCCUUCUCCGAUCUCCGGUACCGUCGUUGUGGAAUCUUACGUGGUUGAUGUUCCUCCGGGAAACACAAAGGAAGAGACUUGUGACUUCGUUGACGUUAUCGUACGAUGCAAUCUUCAAUCUCUUGCGAAAAUAGCCGAGCAUACAGCGGCGGAGAGCAAGAAGAAGCUGUCUCUGUAAUGAGUCUUUGUCGUCGUCGUCGAGUAGUUUCGUUAGAUCCGACGUCGUUUUCUAGAUUUUUAGCCGUCGUGUGAUCUAUGUUUUUCCGGCUUAUGUGUGAAAAAAAAAAAAAAAAAAAAAAAAAAAAAAANUUAGUGGAUUAAUCUCUCAUGCAUAUGAUUUAUCUUCUAUUAUUAUUUACUUCUUCUCAUUUUUGUAUGUUAUAUUAUAUCCAUAAAGAACUGAUUCGGAUAGCCCUAUUCCGGCUUUCACAACUCAAAGAUAAUAAUAUUCAAUUAGGAUAAA